UAAAGAUUUCCAUACAUUAUUAAUUUCUCAAAUUACAGAAUACGCCAUCAAGUGGUGACGAAAAUAUCCUGGAUCAAUUUUUAUCCAUACUGUUAAGCUUAGAGUGCUCGUUUUCUAGUAUUUCUAGAACGCUCCAGAAUGGCCGAAGAUUUGGAUGUCGAAGCAAUGCUAGAAGCGCCCUACAACAAAUCUGAUAACACUUCCUCUUCAAAGCAUCGUUCGGACAAGUAUUCUGAUAAGCACAAAGAAAAGGAGCGUGAUAGUAGUAGAAGGCGAAGUAGAUCAAGAGAAAAAAGAAAAUCACGCGAUAGGGAUUCUCUUCGUUCAAGGGAUGACAGAAGAGAUAAAGACCGGGAUCGAGAUAGGGACCGCGACCGCGACCGCGACCGAGAUAGGGAUAGCAGAAAGGACAGAGAUAAAGAUAAAGAUAAGGAUAAAAACCAUAAAGACAAGGAACGUGAACGCGACAGGGAAAAACGACGUAGCAAAGAAAGGGAACGUAGCAAGGACAAAGAACGUCCUCGUAGUCGAGAUCGCGAACGUGGACGCAGUCGCGAAAGGCACACCACCAAGAGGGAAAGAAGUAAGGAAAAGGACAAUAAGGAAUAUCGUUCCAAAUCUAGAGGUGCAGAACCAAAAGUUGACGAUUUGCCUCCAGAAGAGCGAGAUUUGCGUACUGUGUUCUGUAUGCAGCUGUCUCAAAGGAUUAGGGCUAAAGAUCUAGAAGAAUUCUUCUCUUCUGUUGGAAAAGUCCGUGAUGUCAGACUAAUCACAUGCAACAAAACUAGAAGAUUUAAGGGAAUUGCUUAUAUAGAGUUUAAAGACGCUGAAUCAGUUCCUUUGGCGUUAGGUUUAACUGGACAAAAAUUACUUGGUGUUCCAAUAAUUGUACAACAUACACAAGCAGAGAAAAAUAGAGUAGGCAAUACCUUGCCUAAUUUAGCCCCAAAAACGAGCAAUGGGCCCACAAGAUUGUAUGUUGGCUCUCUGCACUUUAACAUUACUGAAGAUAUGCUUCGAGGAAUUUUUGAACCAUUUGGAAAAAUUGACCACAUCCAAUUGAUGACUGACCCUGAAACAGGAAAAAGCAAAGGAUAUGGAUUCCUUACGUUUCACCAUGCUGCGGAUGCAAAAAAAGCUAUGGAACAACUAAAUGGCUUUGAAUUGGCAGGCCGACCUAUGAAAGUGGGUAAUGUAACUGAACGCACCGAUGGUGGCUCGAGCUCUAGAUUUGACGCUGACGAACUGGACCGCGCUGGCAUAGACUUAGGCGCUACUGGAAGACUGCAGUUAAUGUUCAAACUAGCUGAAGGCACUGGUCUACAGAUACCACCCGCCGCAGCGUCAGUACUCAUGGGCAGUAGCAAUAAUUUAGCUCCUCAACCACAAGUGGCGCCACCUAUUGCCACCCAAUGCUUUAUGCUAAAUAAUAUGUUCGACCCUUCAUCGGAAUCGAAUCCCAACUGGGAUAUAGAAAUACGUGACGACGUAAUCAGCGAGUGCAAUAAGCAUGGUGGGGUGCUGCACGUGUACGUAGACAAGGCUUCACCACAAGGCAACGUAUAUUGCAAGUGUCCAACGAUAGCAACAGCCGUGGCCUCCGUGAACUCUUUACAUGGCCGCUGGUUUGCUGGCCGCGUCAUCACCGCCGCUUACGUACCACUCGUCAAUUACCAUUCCUUGUUUCCAGACGCUAUGACUGCGCUCACUUUGCUACUACCUUCGAGGCCGCGAUAAAUUGCAAUGCACAGCAUACGAUUGCGUAUGCAUAUUUUUAAUUUUUAAAAUAAGGAAUUUGCGUGUAUACUGUUUUAUUACUAUUAUUAUAUCUAGUGCUGUCUUAAUUCUAGAUAAUAAACUGAGGUACGUUAAAGCGUUCUUAAAUUUCGCCUUCCCUUUUUGGGUAAUUCUUAUAAAAUCUCGAAAUUCUUGUCCUUUAGGUUUACAAAAAUUUAUUAAUAUUUGAUUUAACUUGACUUGCCGUAAAAGUAAUAUUUCAUAGCAAAUUAUA